UGCAGUGUAAGGCAGUGCCCUUGUUAACAAAAGCUGUCAAUUAAAACGCAAUUAAAUCAGUUAUAAAUCAAUAUGAUUUUAUGCAGCUAUUGAAUAGCAAAGCACUUUUAUAGCAACAUAACCUGAUGUGCUAAUUUAUCGGCUGGUAUCUUAUUUAUGCAAGCGACGACUUAAUGCGAAUAUCUUCAGAGCUUGCAGUUGCCAGCAAGUGCGGGACUGAAGAAUUUUGCAAGUGCAUUGCUGCCAGACUGCAAGAUGCCUACUGCGCAGCAAACGCCAAAGCAGCCGCCACAGCAACAAUCACAGCAAUCACAGCAACCGCAACAAUCCCAACAACAACAACUGGCCAAUGAGGACAACAAUGGCGUCAAUGAACUUCAAGGGGAAGAUGACAAUAUGCCAAAUUUAUCAACACUGUCACUGGAUGAGCUGAAGCAGCUCGAUCGGGAUCCCGAAUUCUUUGAUGAUUUCAUCGAGGAAAUGUCUGUGGUACAGCAUUUGAAUGAGGAGCUCGAUUCCAUGAUGAAUCAAGUUGAGAGCAUAUCACGUGAAAAUGAAACUAAAGGCACACAUCUUGUCGAGCUGAAGCGUCGGCUCAGUGAUGACUAUACAGCGUUAAAAACGCUCGGCGAGAAAUGUGACCAGCUGAACAAGAAGUACGUGAAGAAGUCUGAGGAAUAUGCGCCACAGCACAUUAGGGAACUUUUGCAAAUUGCAGCAUCAACUGCGGAUGCUGACUGUGACCGUCAUGUGGAGCAUUUUCUGAAUGGCAAAAUCGAUGUGCAGACCUUUCUCAAUACCUAUCAGAGCUCGAAGAAGAUCAGCGCGGAGCGCAAGGCCAGAGAGGAGCGACUUGGCACACAGUUAAGUGCACUGGAGCGUGCAGGCAUAUAAGUCUAACUAGAUAACUAUAAAACUAGAUACUAGAUAACUGCUCCUAUUGCUCCUUCUAUUCUACUUAAGCCUAUCUCGUUUUUGUGUUUUACCAAUUAUGUUCUUCACAAAACCGCAAUAUAUACAUAGAUUAUUAAGAAUUAGCAAUUUAUUGUAGAAACAACAAUCGCGCUAGCGAAUUGUCUAAAAAUCUAGUUAUACUAUAUAUAAAUAUACAUAAUGAUUAAUACAUUGUAAGUCGUUAGGGCAAUCAAAUUAUGGUUCUUAAUUGUAUUUUACUAUGGAAUUUGUGUAAUAACCAACAUUGUAUUGUGUUUAAUUGUCGUGCAUGCCAUUCGUAUGCCUGCAACUGUCCAAAUAACUUAUUAUCCAACCGAAUGUAUGCGUAUGUACCAAGAAAAUAUAAUGUGAACGACAUAAAUAUA